GCUCGGUCUCCUUCAGCAGCCCGGCCCGGCGUCCUUGCCUGGCAUGGCCUGGGCUUGAGCGGCGAGGGAAGAUGCUCCUGGGAAGGCAGCAGCAGCAGCAGCGGCCGGGCGGCUGGGACCGCUGCAGGGUGAGCGAGAGGCUGCAAGCCGCCCUGGCCGGCCUCCAGGAACUCCAAGUGCUGCGCGAGAAGCAGCGGGCGCUGGUGAGCGGGGCCUUGGCCAUGCCGCGCGCGGCCGAGGGCAGCAAGGAGCAGCGCCUGGAAGCCACCCUGACCGCCUUGAAGGAGCAACUGUCACGUCUAAGGAGACAAGAUGUUGGACUGAAAACCCACCUGGAUCAGCUGGACCAGCAAAUUAGUGAACUGAAGCUGGAUGUAGGCAAAACUUCCAUUGAGUACCUUGACAGUGACAGCAGACCCAGUUCAGGCUUUUAUGAACUUAGUGAUGGAGGCUCCUGCUCCCUAUCCAAUUCCUGUACUUCUGUCUUCAGUGAAUCCAUUUCCUCUUCCCAUGCCAGUCUGUUGCCAAGUUCUCAGCAUCCCAAAACCCGUGUCAGCAUCUUUGAUUACCGCCCCAAAUCUGCAGAUGAAACCACAGUACACACCCAGUUCCAGCAACAGGGAGCCUAUAGCACUGAUGGAUGCCAAAUCAAAGUUUGCCCUGAAGUUUCAGGGACUCCUACCAGGUCUAGGCCAAGACCUGUUUCCACAGGUGACCUUGAAAGACUCACCAUGGCAGAUGCGGCAUUUCCUAACGUCAUUGAUCCCAAAUCCUUUCCUCCGCUUUAUCCGGGAGGAGAAUUCCAGUUCUAUUGUGUGGAUCCCAAAUACCAGAGCGACUUGGUCUCUAAAAGUGGAAAUGAUGUUUAUCCGUACCCCAGCCCACUUCAUGCUGUAGCUUUACAAAGUCCACUUUUCUCUUUGACGGAGCCACCGUCUGAAAUGGAGGGCUGUCUUUUGCCUAACAAAACUGCCCCUAACGCCGUUGGGCCCAGUUUGAUUAGAACUCGGACAGUCAUCGAGUCCAGGCCAGGGGGUUAUAUCAACAAACUGCUCCAGCUGACACGCUACAGAGGAAACCAUCAGGCAGACGCCAGUGAGAGGUGUCCAACAAAGAACCAGCCAUUCACAAUGUUCCAGAGACUCAUUAUAACCCCCAGUGCUGGUGGAGUGAAAAUUAACAGCAGCAGCAGCCAGCUGGAAAAACAAGGGAGCUCACUGCCCAGUAACAAAGCAGAGGGGAAGCUGCCGAGGAGGGAGAUGCUUGAAAGGGACUGUGCCAAACAGCAGGGGACUGUGCACUGUGUGAAUGUCGAGCAGACAGCUACCAUGGUUCCUGCUGAGUCUUCAUUGGCUGUGAAUGGCUGUUGUCCUGCCAAGUCAUCUGUGAGGGACUCUCCCCUAACAGAAGCAGGGGAAAGCAGCCUGGAGCUCAGCUCUUCCAGCUCACCGCUUGGAACCGAGGAUUCGAGCCCCAGUCCCCAAAACACUCAUGUUGCCCCAGCCAAGAAAUCCCACAAGAAAUCUGUCAGUGGCGUCAAGGCAGGGGGUCACGAACUCGCACCUCAAGGGGAAUUCGUUCAUGCCAGGUUUGUCCCUGCAGAAUCCCAUCAGGUCAGGGUAAGGUUUGCUAACUCUAAAAUGAAGUCCGUGAAGGUAAAGAGGAGAAACAGUGAGAAGGUGCUGAGGCCGGCGAAGCAGAUUUUUCAUGUGGAAAAGCCACGGGGAGGUCACCAUGUUGCCGCCAAGCUGCCUGUUGAGUGGAACCUGCCUCAGAGACAGUUCAGGGGAAGGAACCUCAUGAGGAGGCCUACUUUUGCUGGGGAAACCACAGCUCGGUCUUGUUCAGAGUCCAGCCUCUACCCUGUACCAUUCAGAAUCCCUCAAGGACCCUCUGGGCCUGAACUAUACCAGGCAUCCACUAACGCUCUCUAUUCCCUCGAAGCAGCCUAUAUAGACACAUCCUCCAAGAAGAAGCACCGCAAGUGGCAGUCCACGGUGGAAAUCUCCGCCAAAACCCAUGUUGCCAGUCUUUCUACUGGCUUUUCCUUGGGGCCACCAAGGCAGCAGGCAAAGAGACCGGGGCUUGUGCGCGCUGUAACAAUGAGAGCACGUUCGAAGAACCGCCACCCCCUGCGUCCUGGAACUUACGCCAAAAGUGAGUCGGACCACUCCGAGUACUCUGCAGAGUGCGCAUCACUCUUCCACUCCACCAUUGCCGAGACCAGUGAAGGGGAAGCCAGUGACUAUACAGCCAACCGCUUUGGGGACAGCGAGUCCAGCGAAAGUGACUCUGUGGGUAGCAGCAAUGGCAGCAGCCUGACUCUUGACUAUGAUGACGAAGCCGAUGAGCAGGAUCUGAUCUGGCCUGACACUUCCACCAGGCCAUCAGCCACGGUUCAGGCCUCAUCCAAGUCUCUUCCGCCUGUGCCCAAGCUCUGCCGCAUCAAAGCUUCAAAGGCCCUAAAGAAGAAGAUUCGGAGAUUCCAGCCUGCCUCUCUGAAAGUGAUGACCAUGGUUUAACUUAGAGGGGUUUUUUGUUUUGUCAGCUGGCUCCGCCUCAGUUUGCAAAACAAAGGGGAAUUGAUACUUAAAAGGAUUUGGUUAAAUGAAACGUGAUUAAAACCCCUAAAGGCAAGAGAUCUUCUUUUUUGUUUGCUAACGCCUGUAUAAAUGACACUGUUACUAAUUUCCUUUUUCUAUUCUGUAGAUGUGUGUUUAUAUGGCUUUAUACCUCCCCAACCCCCAGCCUGUUCUGAUAGAUAUUAAGUGUUUAGAUAAAAUUCCCUCCUCAACCAGGUCUUGUCUAAUAGAUAUUUUCGGGGAAUAGAUAUGCAGCCCUUAUUGCAUGGAGGAUUUCCUAGAGUUGCUGGGGG